GGCAGCCUCUUCCUCGUCGCCGGCGACGUCACCCUCAGCGGCUAUCAGGGAUGCCGGUCAGGGUGGUAGAUACCGCCACGCCUUCCUCCCAGCCCUCCCCAGGUUCCCUUACCCUCCUCGCAUCCUCCAUCUCCAAUAAAUACGCUAUGCGCAUCAGGUCCGCUUUAUACGAUCAGGUCUAGAUCUUAUCGGAUUAUCGUUUUUUUUUGUUGCCUGGGCGUGAUGUGAUUUCGUUGGAUUACUGUUGGAAGCUAUUUUUUCUGAUCUAGAUUGGCCUAAAAGCAACUCCAAGAAGGAGUUCUAAACUUGAGCCUUAAAAUUUGUAUUAGGACCUUUUGAUUUAUUUAGGAUCUCCAACAACCAGGCCUUAAAAUCAGGAUACCCAGCUGGGAUCCUUACCCAGCUUCCAUCUUCUCUGCACGAGGCAACGCGCUUUUUUCUAGCAUAUCCUUCUCGUCAGCUACGCAUUCGUUCGCAAUCGGCCGCAUGAGGCCCACAUCAUCCUUCCUCAAGGGCUGCACAGUUAAGCGCGACGGCUGCACACGGCUGCAAGGUACAGCUCGACGGCUGCUGGUAGGGGCAUCACCGCAUCAUCCCUGCACGGUAGGCUCUUGACCCCUGCACAAUACGGCUGGAGGGCUACGAGACGAGUGGUGGCGGAGUCUGCUCGCUGGAGGUUGGGCGCGUGGACGAGGUGAAUAGUUCAUUUAGAACCUGCUGCAGAUUUGCAACAAAAACAUGUAUGCAACUAGGAGAUCUAUGAUCCAUCUCGAAGAUGAAGAAUUAGAUGAUGAACUUGACCACCUCAUGCUUCUCAUGAUGGGUGAAUAUCGGAAGAGGAAGCAUAAGCAGCGAAAGAAGCAUCGAGGUUCAGUUUUUGGACACAAGGUUUACAAUCAAAAUAGAGAUGAACACGGGCAAGAAGCAAAUACUGGACACCCAUCUCCUCCUAGCUGUUCACUCUUAAGUGCUGGAAGAUCUUUUGCUGGAACUCAAAAUGUUUCAAGCCUGCAGAAGGAUGAAGCAUGGAAAGUGAAUGUACGCAUCCAUGGUUGUGAUCUUGAUCAGGGUUAUCUAUGUGGAACGAUGGAAGCGCUUAAUGUUCCAUUAGCAGAUACACCUGUUGUGACUUUCUGGGAGGGGGAGAUAGUGGAUGCUAAAAAUUACACAUUUUUCACUGGAAAGUGGGAGGCAUCACCAGAGGAUGAUAUAAGACAUUGGUCCAAGUUCCCAUCAUUUACACCUCUUCUGGGUCAGAUUGAGACAGAUGGUGGCAAGUCUCUGGACUUUAGCAACUAUCCUUAUAUAUUUAUGAGAUGGAAAGAGCAAUAUUUUGUCAAUGUUGGAGUCGACUGUGGGUUAACCAUCGCUGGUUUCUACUACGUCUGCUUUUCUUGUAGCGAUGGCUCCAUCAGUGGAUUUUAUUAUGAUCCAAAUAGCAGUCCAUUUCAGAAGCUCGAGCUGAAGUGUACCAAUGAGAAAAAAUCCGGGUUCACCUUUUCAUCCUACGAGCUGCAGUGACAGGACACAGAUGUCCUCGACAGACAACUUUCUGUUAGCAUAUAGUGUGUGUACUGAACUCGUACUCCCUAAUGAAAGGAAUGAGUGGUCGUUUACGUAACAGUUUGUUUUCUAGCAAGACGAAGCAAACUGUCACUUUGUAAUCUGCAGAAGCAUCCUGUCCUUUCUAAAAUCUACCUUUUGUAUUACGUUUCUAUUCCACAAUUGUUAUCUGCAAUUGGGGAUUUCUAUUUAUGAUAUACACAUUGUGCGUGGUUCCUGAUUAAA